ACCCCGUGCAUCAGUUAGACUUGAGCGCUCGGAAGGAGACUGGACUGUGCUAAAUCGGCAGUCAGUCACACACGGAGACAGCUAGACGCGCGUCCAAGCUCGGGGAUUCGACUACCUGCCGUCUGCGGUUCGUGUUCCCUUCCGCCUAUCACAGAGUCCUAGCCAUGGAUAAAAACGAACUGGUUCAGAAGGCCAAGUUGGCUGAACAGGCAGAGCGGUACGAUGACAUGGCUGCUUGCAUGAAGAGAGUCACCGAGGAGGGAGGUGAACUGUCCAAUGAAGAAAGGAACCUUCUCUCAGUGGCCUACAAAAAUGUAGUAGGUGCACGUCGGUCGUCCUGGCGGGUGGUGUCUAGUAUCGAGCAGAAGACGGAAGGAGCCGAAAAGAAACAGGAGAUGUCCAGAGAAUACAGGGAGAAGAUUGAGGCUGAAUUGAGAGAAAUCUGCAAUGAUGUUCUGAAUCUUCUGGACAAAUUCUUGAUUGCCAAUGCCACGCAACCAGAAAGCAAAGUUUUCUAUUUGAAAAUGAAGGGAGAUUAUUAUCGUUACUUGGCUGAAGUAGCUGCCGGCGAUGCAAAGUCAGAUAUCGUGGGCCAGUCACAGAAGGCGUAUCAAGAUGCUUUUGACAUCAGCAAAACUGAAAUGCAACCAACACAUCCAAUCCGAUUGGGUCUGGCCCUGAACUUCUCUGUGUUCUACUAUGAGAUCCUUAACUGUCCAGAUAAAGCGUGUUCUCUGGCCAAGACUGCUUUUGAUGAAGCCAUUGCUGAGCUUGACACUUUGAGUGAAGAGUCCUACAAAGACAGCACAUUAAUAAUGCAGUUACUGAGAGACAACUUAACAUUGUGGACAUCAGACACCCAAGGGGAUGAAGCUGAACAAGGAGAAGGAGGGGAGAAUUAAUCCGCCUUCCUUUUUGUCUGCCUCAUAAAAUUUACACAAUAGACCAUUCGUCAUCCUUACUGUCCCACAAAUAGGUUUUGUUUUUUUAAUUUUUUUUUUUUUUAUUAUUUUGUUUACAAUUACGGUUUGUUACUUUUUUUUUUCUUUUGGACUUCUAUAUUUCCCAUGUGGUUUUUGUGUUUAAUAAUAGGGAAUAGAGCCAGUUAAUAUUUGGGGGAAAUGAUCAUUGUCUUUUUUUUUUUCCUCUUAAGGUGGCCAAUCUAGGGAUGUUGAAUUUUUAUACAUGUUUUAAGUGUUUUGGCGUAGUACUUCUGGUACUCUGUGGAUCCACCACAAGCCCCGUGUUUGAGCAAUUCUAAUGGAGCAAAGCAUCAUGGAAAAUAAGGGAUGAUCUGCAGGGGUGUUUGACCUCGGCCUCCCCCUUCAGCUGUUAUGGAGCUGCCUAUACUAUAGAGUGGUAGGCCUGUAACAACUGAAGGAGGAUAUCCCUGUUAUAGAGCUAUGGGCACAGACUUUGACAUUCCUAAAGCGCAUGGGUGCAGGGAAGCUGCCUCAUCUUCCGCUAAAGCUUUUAUACCCUCCUAGUCUCUGCCUGUCCUUUUUACUGAAUGUUCUCUCAAAAAAAAAAAAAGGCAAGUCCCUGUCCAACCAGUAGCCAUGGAGGAAGGACCCCAUAACGGUCACAACCCCAAUUCCCUAAAUCUUCUGCUUUUGUUAAAGUUGCUAUUCUCCAUCUUAUCUGUAAUUUAAUUGUUUCAACAACUUAAAGAUCAAAAGGAAAAAGUACUUGACGCGUUAAACUCUGUGCUCGGUAUCCAUAUUUUCACUGUAUAUCUGGCGCUGCAGAAAAAAAGGAAAACAAACCCUCCUAUUUAACUUUCAGUUUUAUUUUCGUUUUUGAUACUUGCCUAACAUGCAUGUGGCUGUAAAAAAAAAAAAAAAAAA